AUGAGAGACAGGGGUGAAGGUUCAGAUGGUGGAUGGAUCCUAGUAUUUCGCAAGAAAGCGUGGAAAACUAGGAACUCUCAAGAUAUCCACACUGUUUUCGUGGAUAACUUACCUGAAUCACUGGAUCCUAAGGGGCUGUAUACAUUGUUUUCCAAGUUCGGAGUAGUGGUGGAUGUUUACAUCCCUAACAGGAGGAGGAAGGUAACAAGCUCACAGUUUGGCUUUGUACGUUACAAUUAUUCAGCUGCAACAGGAGUGGCUAUUCAAAAGGCACAUGGCACUUGGCGUGACAAUCGCGAGAUAAAGGUAAAGAUGGCAGAGUUCAGCAAGGCCCAAAGCAAAAAUGGGAAGCAGCAGGUGUUACACAAAGGUGAAGCUACUACAACCCAUUGA